AUGAAGUCCGCAAGCAGCGAGCCCACCGACGGCUUCACAUCCGGCCCGGAUGACGCAGACAGCGAGAGCGACGAGUCAGACGGCAAGUCCAGUGGCACCUGCAGCCCAUGCCGCAGAAAAGAGCCAGAAGCGGCCGGGUGGAGACGGCGAAGACGCGGGAGAGAAGCGCGUUUACUUGGUGUAAGUAAACAGAGGCAGGCGGCCAACGCGCGCGAGCGGGACAGGACGCACAGCGUGAACACAGCCUUCACCACCCUGCGCACGCUCAUUCCCACUGAGCCUGCCGACAGAAAGCUCUCAAAGGUGGAGACGUUGCGUUUGGCGUGCAGCUACAUUUCACACCUUGCCAACAUGUUGAUGCUGGGGGAGGAAAGUCGCGAUGGGCAGCCGUGCCUCCACCAUCAGGCCGGCGUGCACAGCCCCGCGCAACGGAGCGCGGCGCCGCUGCGGGCAAUCUGCACCUUUUGCCUUAGCAACCAAAGGAAGCAGCUCAGAGACAGCGGGAAGCAUUCAACUAAAGUCUAA